AUGGGUAAUCGUCGAAAGUCAGUGAGCACGCGAUCUAUAUCGAAUGGUCAAGUCAAAUCUGUGAAUCCAUAUUCGAAUCCCUCUUCGCUCUCCAAUUCGACAUCGACAUCAUCAUUAGCAAUUAGAAGUCUAUCUUCCCUACUGAUUGAAAAGCCUUGGAUGGAAUCAACGUCAAAGCCUGAUAUAGCCACCGAAGCCUUACUCGCUCGAUUCAGAGGUUUGUUCCAAGAUGGGACUGACGAGAGGAACAUCCUUCGUAUGAUCAGUGAUGGAGAUACUCUACUGUAUGAAGCUAGUCAAAGACCCAAAUUGAAAAAUCUUCUGAACGAGAUCGAAAAUAUCGAUCUGUCAAAACCAAGAUCAAGAUUAGGUAGUAUGAACACUGGUAGUAAACCUUCAAUCUUGGUUACCGAGGAUGAAGUCAUGACUGUUGGGUCUAUAGUACGAGGUAUAUUACAUGGUAGAUCUUCAAGUGUGUCUGACCUGGUUGAGAACAGUCUUCCAUUAGAUGAGCAUGGAGGUCUGGAUGAAUGGAACUGA